AAGCGUACAAACUUACCAAGGGAAACGAUCGAGAUACUCAACGAUUGGAUCGUCAACAACCUGGACAAUCCAUAUCCAAAUCACACGCAGAAGAGAAUGCUGUUGGAAAAAACCGGAUUGAGUAACGUUCAGCUGAGUAACUGGUUUAUAAACAAGAGACGUAGAAGGUUGUUCUCG